CUACAUUGUAGUGCCUGCGUCUGUAAAUAUUUUGUGCUACUACUAGUACAUUGUAGAUUCCGCGCUGUCUGCAGUAUAAAUCAUCAAGCCAGUACAUAUUUAUAGUUCAAAACUCCGGAGCAUUACUAUAUUACUAUUACUAGGUCGCGGGGGGUAUAAAAUGCACAGGGCGAAGAAUGGCGUCCCAGAAUCAGCGGCGACCAGUACGCAGCGGAGCGCAGUCAAUGUCUAUGUCCUUGCAGCGGCGCACAGUGGAAUCCGGAGCAUCACCAACCAUUGGUAUGGCCGCCAGGCCCGCCAAUGAUUGGCGUCGGAGGACGAUCAGGGCUGUCAGGGAUUACAAUAAUCCACCCUCUAGUGGUGGAUAUCGCGUACAAGCGCGCAGGUCCUAUGGCAGACUCCAGGCGCAGCACGGGCCCAAUUCCAGAUUUCUCCAGCGGCGCGGUGCAACUAUGGAGCUACUCGCUGAUGAUUGGAACAGCGAGGGCGAGGAUACGAUCCUAAACUCAACGCUUGAUGAGUCAGGCGAGACACAAGUUCAUGGUACACCGAUCGACGCCUCAUUCUUCCAGUUGAAAAUCAAGAGUAUUGUUCCACAACCCACUGAUCAGAGGACCAACCAAGAAUCAACGCCCACUGCAACACAGACAUCAAGCGCAUCCGACGCAACACAAGACAGCGGUCAGAACGAGACCUUUUUCACAUUCAGCUCGGACGACAGCGAACCGGAUCGGGAUACAGACGAGGAAGGCGGUACAGCGCCCGUAGACUACGUUCUUCAACGAAUGAUUGGUGAUAAGUUUGACGUAGGGCCGAGGGGUCUCACCAUUGGAUCGGGCAAAGGCUGCGAUGUCCGUCUGCCAAAGCGUACUUUACUGGAGGCGCAACAUGCUCGCAUCGAGUGGAGGUCUGCUAAUCCUAGUCCGACAAGUACACCGCCUUCGGCUGACGGCGGCCGGGCUCGGCUGACUUUGCAGGAUCUUAGUGGUGGAGGACGCUUUUGGCUAAGCUCCCAGCCUGAAUGUUCUGUAAUCAUGAGUGGAAGUGCUGAUGGGGAUCAAGAGCAACAGUCAGAAUCACUAAGUGAGCCUGUUGAGCUAUGCUGGGGGGCCAAGUUCAGUAUGGGACGAGUAGAAUUUCAAGUCGUUCCUUUGCCUCCUUCAACGCUGGUCUGCAAGUGUCUGUUUGCUGCCGUGCGUAACGAUGACGCAACCGUAUUGUCGGCUGUGCUGGAUGCAGCUAAGGAACCCAAUGGUCUGAAAGGUGCGGGUAGUGCAUGCCCAUUGCUGCGACCCAAUUCCGGCCGAUCGGUGAAGCGUCUCGACCUGGAGAUCACUGACAAGCCGCAUCCGGCGUCCGUGUUCGAUGACGAGGAGGAAGACAACGAGCCAGCGGCCGCGACGACGCAGGCCAACUCCCCGUUUGCAGCGAUGUCGUGGCUAGCGCCGAAUGCCCGCUCCAGGCAACUGUUACUUGCAGCCAGGCGGCGACGUCGAGCCGAGAGCAGGUAUUUGAGGAUGCACCGCAGGCCUCAGCAAGGCCAGGCUGUUGGAUUGCUUCACGUCGCUGUGGACCAGUCCAAUUUGGAGAUUGUUUCUCUUCUGCUGUCGGAGGGGGCAGAGGUGAAUGGCAUAGAAGACACAUCCCGAGGAUCACCUCUACAGAUGGCAGUGAACCGAGACAACGUGGAAAUCGCCCGACUGCUGUUACAGCAUGGAGCUAGGAUGGAGGUAGAAGGCGCACCCGGACACCUUCCGUUUCAAUGUGCCACUUCGCACAAGAUGAGGAAGCUACUCCUGAAUGUGCCUAUGCUGUGCUCCGCUGCCGAGGUCGGUGAUGAAGACGAGGUCCGUGGACUUCUGGCCUGCAACACACCCGUCAAUGGCAUUGGACUUGGGAAUAAGAACUCACUGCACUUUGCGUGUAUGUCUGGUCAUACAGAAGUGGUAAAGUUACUACUCCACGCUGGUGCCAAUGUGACCAUCAAGGGUGGAUCAAGGCAGCGCACUCCUCUGCACUACGCUGCCCUUUCCGGCUGCGUGGAUGCCGCUCGAUGCCUGCUGGACGCCGGUGCCCGGGAGGCCACACAGGACCAGCUUGGUUUCACGGCUCUAAACCUUACUGACAAGGCGGAGAUGUGUAACUUGCUGAGAAACACGCAAUCGCCAUCAUUGUGCAUUGCAGCCCAGGGUGGCGAUAUCGCCAUGGCGCGGCAACUCCUGGAAGACGACAGUCUCCAUGGCGACGAGAAGCUGGACUUGGUCAACCAGCGCAAUGAUCAACGCCACGCUGCCAUUCACCUAGCCUGCGUUGCCGGUAGCAUUGAGUUCAUACAGCUGCUGGUGCUCUACCGUGCCGACGUGGACAUGCCAGGUGGCUCGGGUGAUUGGACACCGUUGAUGUUUGCCGGCGCGGCAGGUAAAGCCGCAGCAGUGGAGUAUUUGCUGUCUAUUGGAGCUGAUCAGACGGUUUGGUCCUCGUCGUCUGGCACCGCUCAAGAUCUCGUCGAGGAGACGCUGCGGAAAAUCAAGGAGGAGGAGAAGUCGUGCAACAAGCUUACAUCCGAUGAGCGAAGUUCGGCAUCCGCGUCCUCAUCACAACCGAAAACUUCGACCGCUACGACGCUCUCAGCUCCGCUCAUCGCACGGCAGACGAGUCACCCGAAUCAGGAUGAGCAUCGCCGUUGGCUUUCACAACGCCGUGCGCAGCUCGAAGCCGUCCUCGGAGUGCUACGAAGUGCACCGCAGCGACUGCAGCAGGCGCUGAAUCAUAACGACCUGGAAACUGCAAGAUCUUUACUCGAGGAUGGUGUGGUGACGGCACAGUGCGUAUUCGACGAGCCUGUCGGGGGAUCUGCUCUGUAUCAUGCUUGCUCUCAGGGUCGCAAGGAGUUUGCGGAAAUGCUGUUGGACCAUGGAGCAAGUCUGACGGCUGCGGGUGAGGAUGGCCUGAUGCCUGCACACAUAGCAGCCACUCAAGGCCAUGUUGAAACGCUGCAGCUGCUUCUCGACAGAGGCCAGAGCAUGGACGCCAGAGAAUCCACGGAUGGCAACACGUUACUGCACGUGGCCGCCAUCUGCAACCGUUCUGCCGUCGUCCAACUACUCUUGGACAGAGGAGCAGACCGCACGUGUAUAAACAACGAGGAGAAGACGCCGUUCGAUGUCGCCAAGCAGGUCAACGUUCUGAGACUACUCGCCACCGGUACACAGCGCCUAGCAGUGGAGGCACGGGUCGGCUCUGUUGCCCGCGUCCGCAGUCUGCUCGAAAGCGAGGAGGACGGCGUGUCCCAGGAAGACCUGCUGAGGCUGUGCGGUGACGAGACGCCUGGUGCCAAUCCGCUGCACGAGGCUGUCCGACAGAAUCACCUGCCCGUGCUGGAGGUGCUAAUCGAUGCUGGCUGCAAUAUCAAUGCCACGGCUGGUACGCGCCGUGAGACGGUGCUGCAUGUGGCGUCGCGUCGAGGCCUUCACGACAUUGCACGCUAUCUGAUGGAGCACAAUGCUCGCGUCGACCUGAAGAACUGGCUCGGACGGACUCCGUUUGAAGUAGCCCAUGACAACUCCAUGAGAAAAAUACUUGUGCAGGUGCAACGUGUGAUCCAGAUCCAGGCCGUACCCGACCUCAAUGACGACGGUAUUCCCGACGACAAAAGGUGUCGUGUGUGUAUGGACAAACCAAUCAAUACCAUCAUUCUCCCGUGCGGCCAUCAAGCGUUCUGCAGUGACUGUGCCGGUCGUAUCAAGGAGUGUGCACUGGACCGACAGCCGAUCAACGAAAUAGUCAAAGUGUUCUGCUAGCCCCGCGACGUCGCUAUCACAAUGCCACGUGCCCAGUUGUGGCUCAAAUCGUUUACAACUUUGAAACCUACUACCAUAGAUGCCAGAAUUGAUAUUGAGCCCAGUCCAUCACCUUGCCAACCCAGCCCAAAAUAGCAGACCCACAUUGCCGACUACAGUAUUUAAUUUCCUUAUGAAAUUUUACUCUUUUUCCUGUCCAGAAAAAUAUAUUUUUGCCAGCUAGCCGGCCUCUACGUACACCGCAGACACACCCACACACCAUAGAAAGAUACAGAUCACAGCAGUAGUGUGGUCUUUGUUCACUCACGAUAUUAUUUUAUUUCUUGUGGAAUGCACUUGGAAGAUUCGUUGAGCAGAGCCCUUUUGGCAUGUCUUAGUCUCGUAGACGGUAGAGCUUGGUUAUUGUCUUUGUUGAAAAUUUAAAAUACGCAGAAUUCAUCAUCGGCAUAUUCAGAGCUGGCUAGUCUUUCCUAAGUACAGAGGAGUUGGAAGCAGCACUGAUUGUUAUAGCUUUGGUCUUGCUUUGUGCCUGAAUUAUUUAUUAAUUUUUUUAUGGCUAGUCUUGCGACAUGUACUUUUAAGUCCUAGUUCGAACACUCGUACAUUGUCUGGAUAUUUGUUGCUUGAUGGUUGAUACCGAAAAUUCA